AUGAUGUGUCUCCGUCUCAUCGUUCGGGCCACUCCUGGCAUUCCAGUAUCCAGCGGCGAAGAGCUAGUCUGUAGGGGUCAUCCUGACAACUUUAGCUGGAAUGUGUUCAUCAAGCUCAGUCCCUACUCCUUCACCCGCUUGCAAUGGUGGGACGAAAACGACAACUACACAGAUAACUGCUGCAGUGCUGUCGAAGCGGGCUGCGGCAAUCCGCCUUGGGAUAGGCGAGGUCACUGA